UGCUUGCCAUUGUCUCCAGCAGCCCUGUGGAAUCCUCUGAGAAGCCACCUGCAAACCAGUCACCAUGAGUAUCUCAGCUCUGGGAGACGGCACCAAAGGGAAGCCUCUGCCACCAGGUGAGGAAGAACGUAAUAACGUCCUCAAGCAAAUGAAAGUGCGAACCACGCUGAAAGGGGACAAGAGCUGGAUCACCAAGCAGGAUGAGUCGGAGGGCCGCUCCAUAGAGCUGCCCAAGGGCCGCAGUCGUGCCAUAUCCUUUUCAUCAGCUGGGGAGGUCCCAAAGGCCAGGCCUUCAGGCACGAGAGCGCCCACUGGCUACAUCAUCCGGGGGGUGUUCACCAAGCCCAUAGACAGCUCAUCCCAGCCCCAGCAACCCUUCCCCAAGGCCAACGGAGCUCCAAAAAGUGCUGCCGGGCUCGUGAGAACAGCUAGCACUGGUCCUCCCCGGUCCUCCUUCUCUGGCUACAAGAUGACCACUGAGGAUUAUAAGAAACUGGCACCCUACAACAUCAGGUGCAGCUCGACAUCAGGGGACACGGAGGAAGAGGAGGUGUCCUUCUCUUUGGAUGAGCAGAAACGUAGGUCAGAGGCUGCUAGCAGCCUGCUGAGGAAGACAGCUCCCCGGGAGCACUCCUACGUCUUGUCGGCGGCCAAGAAGAGCACUGGCCCUACCCAGGAGACGCAGGCGCCAUUUAUUGCAAAAAGGGUAGAGGUGGUGGAUGAGGACGGACCUUCUGAGAAGAGCCAGGACCCGCCUGCUCUGGCAAGAUCCACUCCUGGCUUGAGCAGCAUGAAUGGAAGCGGAAGCAAAGUGUCUGGGGCGACUUGGAUGGAGCGCAUGCCGAGUGGGCCUAGCCCUGCUGGGAGCCAGGAGCUCAGCUCGAGAGGUGAAGAGAUCGUCCGUCUGCAGAUCACGACACCCAGGGCAGGACUCCGCCUGGUGGCCCCGGACCUGGAAGGCGUGAGGUCUUCCCCAGAUCACAAAGACAAGGAGGUUCCCUGCUCCAGAGAGCCCCAGAGAGACCAGGCUGGUGAGGAGGCCUUCAGGGGCCCCCACACAGACUCUGACAGGUCAAGUGCACAGUUGAGCGCUGGCAGCGUGGGGUCUGGAGCUGAAGGGCCCCCACCUGAAGGUUUGACUGGAGCAGAUAUCAGCUCUGAGAGAGGAGGGCUGUGGUCAGCUGCUAACGUCACCCCUUUCAUGGAUGAUCAGGAUGUGCACAGUGCCGGUUCUCAGUCCUGCAAGCCUGGACAAGUGGCCAUCAGCUCCAAUGCUACUUCAGCUUCUGCCGUCCCAGCUGAUAGGAAGCGUCACAGCGCAGCAGACCUGGAGGAUGCAAAGGCAGACCCAAAGGGCACCUUGGCUGGUUGCGAGGAGGAGAAUGUGGCCACCAAGGCUGAAGAGGCCUGGCAGGAGAGGCCUGGAGCCCCGAGGGGUGGCCAGGGAGUCCCAGCUGUACCCACCGAGCAACCAGCAGAUCCCAGCACCCCAGAGCGGCGGAGCAGCCCCAGCGGACCCGAGCAGCUUGUUGGCCUGGAGAGCAGCGUGGGCAGCACCUUGGCUGACUGCAAGGAGGAGAAUGUGGCCACCAAGGCUGAAGAGACCUGGCAGGAGAGGCCUGGAGCCCCGAGGGGUGACCAGGGAGUCCCAGCUGUACCCACCGAGCAACCUGCAGAUCCCAGCACCCCAGAGCAGUGGAGCAGCCCCAGCGGACCUGAGCAGCUUGUCGGCCUGGAGAGCAGCGUGGGCAGGGUGAGAAACCCCCCGAGCUGCGUGGUCAGUGUCACCGUCUCUGCCACUUCUGAACAGCCUCAUGUUUAUAUCCCAGCCCCCCCAAACGAAUUGGACUCCAGCUUAACCACCAAAGGGAUUCUGUUCGUGAAGGAGUAUGUGAACGCCAGUGAGGUGUCUUCGGGGAAGCCGGCAUCCUCACGCUACGCCAGCGUCAGCAGCAUCGAGGACUCAUUUGACACGGAGAAGAAAUCCCCAUAUGGCAGCACUCCCUACUCUGAGAGGACAGCUGGAGGGGUCUGCACGUACUGCAGCCGCGAGAUUCGAGACUGUCCGAAGAUUACCCUAGAGCAUCUUGGCAUCUGCUGCCAUGAGUACUGCUUUAAGUGUGGGAUUUGCAGCAAACCGAUGGGUGAUCUCCUGGAUCAGAUCUUCAUUCAUCGUGACACCAUCCACUGCGGGAAAUGCUAUGAGAAGCUCUUCUAGGCUGAUCGGAAGCUGAUGACCCUGGGCCAGUUUGUCCUCAGUUGCCCCAAG